AUGAAAGCCCUCAUUCUCGUCGGUGGCUUCGGCACCAGACUGCGACCUUUGACCCUCUCCAAGCCCAAACCUUUGGUCGAGUUCGCCAACAGACCCAUGAUCCAGCAUCAAGUCGAAGCAUUGACUGCUGCUGGUGUCACAGACAUCGUUCUUGCUGUCAACUACCGCCCUGAAAUUAUGGAAGGUGCUCUGAAAGAAUACUCCAAGCAAUACAAUGUCAACAUCACUUUCUCUGUCGAACAAGAGCCCCUGGGCACAGCUGGUCCUCUAAAACUCGCUGAGAAUGUUCUCGGAAAGGAUGACUCGCCAUUCUUCGUCUUGAACGCCGAUGUUAUCUGCAACUACCCCUUCAAAGAGAUGGCUGCUUUCCACAAAGCACACGGUGAUGAAGGUACCAUCAUUGUCACAAAGGUCGAGGAGCCUAGUAAAUACGGUGUUGUGGUUCACCGGGAAAACCAUCCUUCUCGCAUUGACCGAUUCGUGGAGAAACCAGUCGAGUUCGUGGGAAACCGCAUCAAUGCCGGUAUCUACAUCUUCAACACCUCGGUUUUGAACCGAAUCGAGCUUCGUCCCACUUCCAUUGAACAGGAGACCUUCCCCGCAAUCUGCAAAGAUGGUCAACUACACUCCAUGGAUUUGGAAGGAUUCUGGAUGGAUGUCGGACAACCAAAAGAUUUCCUGAGCGGAACAUGCCUCUACCUCUCAUCACUGCAGAAAAGACACGCCAAAGAACUUACUCCCGUUUCCGAACCUUUCGUCUAUGGUGGAAAUGUUCUGAUCCAUCCCACAGCAAAGGUCGGCCAGAACUGCCGCAUUGGACCCAACGUCACCAUUGGUCCUGGAUGCGUUGUUGGGGAUGGUGUCAGAUUGCAGAGAUGUGUUCUCUUGAAGGACAGCAAGGUCAAAGACCAUGCUUGGGUCAAGUCUACCAUCGUUGGCUGGGGAUCCACAGUCGGCCGAUGGGCUCGAUUGGAAAACACCACAGUUCUCGGUGAAGAUGUCACCAUUGGUGACGAGAUCUACGUCAAUGGCGGAAGUGUUCUACCCCACAAGAGCAUCAAGGCCAAUGUUGAGGUGCCAUCCAUCAUCAUGUAA